CAGGAGUUGCUUUUCCUGUUACCAACACUCCUCCUCCCUCCCGUUUACUUCCCCGCUCUCUCUCUCGCUCUCUCUCUCUCUCUCUCUAUAUAUCGCUGUGUCUGUUCGCUGACGUCUCUCAUUGACUCACUCCUCCCUGCUUCAGCUGGCUGACUGAGUGCGCUGACACUGGGACCACUACCUGCUGCCUGGGGAUUACGCGCGCUAUGAAUACCCGGAGCCUAAUGUGUUGUUUUGGCUGCCAGUGAACGUUGGAUCCACACGGAGCAGGAGCUGGAGCAUAAAUCCUUGCGGCCAGGACACAGGGAGCGCCUCUGAACUAAGACAACCAGGGGUGGAAAAAGGACUGGAUGCUCGUAGAAGCGUGUAAAAGAGAGACGACAAACCAGAGACAGAAAGAAAAGACUGGACAAGUUCUUUACUGAACGACAAAAACAGAAGAAGCUAAAUCAACCUAAGUGUUAUGGGGAGGAGAACCUUUUCCUCUCAUUAUUUGGUUUGGAUUCUCUGUCAGAGUCCUGACAUGAGGGAAGAAAGCCCAACAAAUCUCCGCCUCGAGCUUCUCGGUUGAUUCCUGAUCACACACAGGUUUUUUUUUUGUCGUUUUCUUUCUAUGAGUUUGUUCAUUCAGACUGUCUCUGUAUUUUGCUGCUCAUCUGUAGCUGCUUGGGGGAGAAGACAGCUCUGCGCUGACGGGUCGAGUGGGGAUUGUGAUCGUUCUCCUCUCCAACUUUUUCCCCCUCUCCGCCACUUCUACUGACCUGCUUUCGGCACAUCAGCGGCGUGGGGGGGCAGUAGCUUACUCACUCCAUGAGACUGGCCGAGAAUAAAGGUUAUUGAACCAGGGAGGCGUGGCAGGCACGCAGGAGGGGAAGGGGAGGAAAAACAAACCAUCUCCGUGAUCCCGGGAGCAUAUGGUUUAGCGAGAGGCAGCCAGCUGCUUUUCAGCCGUCCGGCUAAUCACGCUGCAGAAGAUACAAGUUUCUCUGGUGACGGUGUCAGGUUUGGACGGAUCUUGCGUGCUGUGGUCGUAUAUCUUGUCUGAAGCUCCCAGACCGAGAGCCAAAGAAGUCGGUCCUUCAGAUACAAAGAAGCAGUUGUGCUGACUUAGAGGAGUGGCAGGCAAAUCAUUGCUCAGGAGAGCAGCUAACCAUUGUUGCCCCAAUAGACAACAGCCACAGGGAAGCUCAGAAAGAUGCUCAGCCAUCACGUCUUCGGGAAAUACUUGUGACACAUGUUGUUGGUGAGCACCAGACCUUGGCUUGGUUUGUAAAGGCUUUUGACAAAGAAAGGAGGGGGAGUGCUCCAGGAGCCGGCAUCGCCAGACCCCUUCCACCUCCUUCUAAUUACCCAUUGGGGUCACUGGGAAGAAAGGAGAGGAUUCCUUCUGUGGAUUUACUGUCGGUCUGCUGUGGAAGUUUUUUUCCGUGUGGAUAUCUGACAAUCCGAAACACCCACAUCCUAAUGCCCAAAUUUCUGGCUUAGGUGCAUCUCACACACAUACAUGCCAAAAGCGCUUUAACACACAUUUACUAAAACAUUAUCACCACCCACUUAAAGCCACACACAAUCUACACUGUAAGUAUAAACCACUUCACAACACACACAUACUCACACACUGAAAGCCCAUUAGUUUGUCUUCUUCCCAGCCGGCACAGAAGAAUGGAGGUUGCAUGGACAGGUGGGGGGCUGUAGGAGUUCAACGUCCCUGUCCCUCUGUCUGUCCUCUUUCCCCAAAUGGAUGCUAUUAUCUCUAAAAAUGUGUUACUUGGAAACCGCUGAAAGCUUGCUGCUGCAAUUCUCUGACAGAAACAGUCACCGGGUCCCUGCCACGGUGCACAGCUGGAACCACAGCUGAAACACCGACCAUUACGGAGCUCUUUUGCUUUUUUUUAUUUUUUCUUCAUCUUCAUCCAUCUGCCCUUAUCCCACCGCCAUCAUUUUUUCCAACGGGUCUUUGGGCACCCCUCGUCGCCCUGCUCGUCCCAUCAUCUCCUCCGCCCUGGAGGGGAGGGGGUCAUUGGAGUGGAGCAUGAGCGGGUGCCACUAUCCCUCACCACCGCCACCGGAGCGGGACCACAGGUACCAGCACAAGGUGUCCUUGGUGGUGCGCUACUUCAUGAUCCCCUGCAACAUCUGUCUGAUCCUGCUGGCCACAUCUACACUGGGCUUCGCUGUGCUCCUGUUCCUCAACAACUACAAACCUCCUCACUUCACACCGGCCCAGCCUCCUGAUGGCUGCAGAGGAAUGCUGUGUGGUUUUGGCGCUGUGUGCGAGCGUGACCCAGCUGACCCGGCCAAGGCUCAGUGUGUUUGCAAGAGAGUGGAAUGUCCAUCCUUGGUGGCGCCCGUUUGCGGCUCAGAUUCAUCCACCUACUCCAACGAGUGUGAGCUGGAGAAAGCCCAGUGCAACUCGCAGCGACGCAUCAAGGUGCUGCGCAAGGGACCCUGCUCUCUGAAGGACCCCUGCACGGAGGUGAACUGCAGCUACGGCAGCACCUGUGUCCAGUCAUCAGAUGGCUUGUCGGCUAAAUGCAUGUGCCCCCUCGGCUGUGAGGGCAAGCCCGAGGAGACGGUGUGUGGCAGUGACGGAGAGGACUACCGCAACGAGUGUGAGCUCCAUCAGUACGCCUGCAAGAACCAAAAGAACAUACGUGUGCAAUACCAAGGGCGCUGCGACCCAUGCAAAGAGAGUGAGAACAGCCUGAACACAAUGUGCCGGGUGGAGACUCUCACCCGUCAGACCCUCAUCUUUGAACUGCCGGAGUCGUGCCCCCAGGGAAAUGAGCCUCUGUGUGCCAGCGAUGGCGAAACCUACCCCAGCGAGUGCGCCAUGAGGUCAACAGGCAUACAGAAAGGCACCAAGCUCAGGAAGAUCCACGCAGGACGAUGCAGAAAGCUGGAGGAAUGUAAGGAGCUGUGUCUCUUCAACGCCGUGUGUCUGGUAGAUCAGCUGGGCGCCCGCUGCUCCUGCGAUCCCAUUGAGUGUGACGGCUCCUACAGGCCCGUGUGCGGCAAGGACGGCCAGACCUACACCAACGACUGUGGGCGGCGCAAGGCUGAAUGCUUGCGCAAGACCCUCAUCCCCAUCAAGCACGCAGGGCCCUGUGAUCUCAACGCACCGAGCCCGUGCUUGGAUAAGGUCUGCGAUCACGGGGCGAUGUGCGUGGUGAAGAACAACGAGCCGGUGUGCGAGUGCCCCGAGGCCUGCCCACAAACAUCAGACCCGGUGUGCGGCUCAGACGGCCACAGCUACGGCAGCCCCUGUGAGAUGCGAGCGAUGGGUUGUGCCCUCCAGAAGGCCAUCCACAUCCAGCACAAAGGACCCUGUGAUGAGGCUUGUGCCAACUGCUCUUUCGGGGCAAUCUGCGAUGCCCAGAGUGGGCAGUGCAUGUGUGCGUCGGAGUGUGUGGAGUCCCACCAGCCUGUGUGUGGCAGCGAUGGCACCACCUACAACAGCGAGUGUGAGCUGCACGUGCGGGCCUGCAAAGAACAGAUGGACCUCAGAGUGGUCAGCCAAGGAGAAUGCAAAACAUGUGGCAACACUGUUUGUGGCUGGGGCGCCCGGUGUGUCCAGAAUAAGUGUGAGUGCCCACAGUGCUCAGGCGAGGCCUUCUCCCCGGUGUGUGGCAGUGAUGGCAUCACCUACAACAACAAGUGUGAACUCCGCUUGUCCUCCUGCAUGCAAAAGAGGAGAAUUGAUGUGGCAAAGCCCGGCAGCUGUGAUGAAGACUGUGGCUCAGGAGGGUCGGGAUCAGGCGUGGAGAGCUGCGAACAGGACCGCUGUCGCAUGUUUGGAGGCUCGUGGGAUGAGGAUGCAGAGGAGGACCGGUGCGUCUGCGACUUCUCCUGCCAAAGCGUGCCUCACAACCCGGUUUGUGGCUCCGAUGGAAAAAACUACAGCAACGAGUGUGAGCUGAAGAAGGCCAGAUGUGAGAAACAAGAGCACUUGUUGAUUCAGAACCAGGGACCCUGUGCAGUGAUUUCAGCCACAUCGCUGCCUGAGCUGACAGCACCCCAGCACUGCAGUCUGUCUGUGUACGGCUGCUGCUCCGACAACAUGACGGCCGCCUUAGGAGUCGGGCUGGCUGGAUGUCCCAGUACCUGUCAGUGUAAUGUCUAUGGCUCCUACAAGGGGACUUGUGACCCAACCACCGGUCAGUGUUCCUGUAAGCCGGGCGUCGGGGGACAGAAGUGUGACCGUUGUGAGCCGGGCUUCUGGAACUUCCGUGGCAUCGUGACGGAGAACAUGAGCGGCUGCACGCCAUGUAACUGCGACGCCACAGGCUCGGUCCGGGACGACUGCGAGCAGAUGUCGGGUCUGUGUUCCUGCAAGACGGGAGUGAAGGGCAUGAAGUGCAACGUGUGUCCAGAUGGAAGCAAGAUGGGCAUGAAUGGCUGCGACAAAGGUCCUGAGGCGCCCACUUCAUGUGAGGAGCUAACGUGCAGCUUUGGAGCUUCGUGCAUUGAGGUGAACGGCCAAGCCCACUGCGAGUGCCCUUCACCUGACUGCGAUGAGAAAAACAAGACUAAGGUGUGCGGCUCAGAUGGGGUGACCUAUGCUGACCAGUGCCAGCUGAGGACCAUAGCCUGUAGGCAAGACAAGGACAUCACGGUGCAACACUUUGGACAGUGCACAGAAACCAUCUCCGAGCUGGCAGAACGACCUACCCCCAACACCCUCACCACCACCCCCAGCUCACCUGCUGGCGCCUCCAUCACCACCAUCGCCCCCUUCCAAAUUGAAAUGGUGUGGGCCAUCCCGCCUCCAAGGACAGCUAAGACCGAGAUCGCCGAGCAGCCCCUGGCCACCACACCCUUUCCCACCCUCACCCACAACCGUGCGCGAGCAAAACACCACCCCUCCACCCACAUCCAGCCUCCGCAGUCCACCGCUGCCGCUGCCACCACCUCUUCCUCCCACAGCAGCCCUCCGCCCUCCGCCGCAGUGACCUCCUUUGAGGACUCAGGCAGCGGGGAACCAAGUGGGGAUGACCAGACUGAAGAAGAAGAGCUGGGAGAGGAGACGGGUAGUGGCAUCCAAACAGAGGCCAGUGGGGCAGAGGACCCUGUCGGUCCCACAACGGCAAGCACCACUGUACCCACGGCUGAAGACAGGUCAUCCUGUGACAACACAGAGUUCGGCUGCUGUCCUGACGGCAAGACACCAUCCAGCACUCCAGAGGGUGCCAACUGCCCCUCCACCAUGAGGUUCAGCGGUUUCCUGCACCUGGACCAGGUGGAAGGCCAAGAGAUGUUCUACACCCCAGAGAUGGAGGACCCCAAGUCGGAGUUGUUCGGAGAGACGGCCCGCAGCAUAGAGAGUGCUCUCAAUGAGUUGUUCAGGAAGUCGGAGGUGCACAAAGACUUUAUGAGCGUUCGUGUCCGUAACCUGGCACCCAGCAACUCCAUCCUGGCCUUUGUGGAGGCUCACUUCAAACCAGAUACAAGAUACACAGUGGAGGACAUCGAAGGAGCCCUGCUGAAACAGCUGAAGGCCUCCAAAGAGACCAGCAUCGCCGUGAAGAAGCCGGAGGACGAGAAUAUUCGCUUCACCAAUUAUGGCCUCUCCUCCAUCCCCUUCUUCACCACCACGACCACCACCACGGCAUCUGUCACCACAGCUGCUCCCGCCACCACCACCACCACGACCAGGCCUCCACCGACCUCCCUGUACAUCACCCGUCGCCCACCGGGCACUACCCGCAGGCCCUUCAACGGCAGACGUACCACCACAGCCUCCGCACCGGUUACCACACCACGCCCCACCACCACCACCACCACUACAGCAGCUAUCACCACAACCCCACUGCCUCCAUCUACCACCAUUGCCCACGUCAAGGUCAAGCCUCACCACAAGGUCCAGAAGCCAUGUGACUCCCACCCCUGCCUCCACGGGGGCACCUGUGAGGAUGAUGGCAACGACUUCAGCUGCAAGUGUCCCGCAGGGCGAGGAGGCUCCGUGUGUGAGAAGGUGAUCAAGUACUUCAUCCCGUCAUUCGGAGGCCAGUCCUACUUGGCCUUCCAAACGAUGAGCGCCUACCACACGGUCCGCAUCGCCAUGGAGUUCAGAGCGUCCGAGAUGAACGGCAUUCUGCUCUACAAUGGCCAGGAUGGCAAGAAGGACUUCAUCUCUCUGGCUCUGGUCAACGGCAGGGUGGAGCUAAGGUUCAACACGGGGUCUGGCACAGGAACAGUGCUCAGCAAAGUGCAAAUCAGCCAGGGUCGCUGGCAUCAGCUGGUGGUGACUCGCAAUCGGCGAAACGCCAUGCUCAGCGUGGACAACGAGCCGCACAUCGAGGGCGAGAGUCCACGCGGCACAGAUGGCCUUAACCUGGACACCCACCUCUUCAUUGGAGGAGUGUCCGAGGACAUCAAGCAGGAUGUGAGGGAAAGGACAGGAGUGGCCACAGGUCUGGUGGGCUGCAUCCGUUUGCUGGAUGUCAACAACCGAGUGCUCAACUUGCAAGAGGAUAGCGGCGACAGUCUGUAUGGCAGUGGCUUGGGUGAAUGUGGCAACAACCCCUGCCAGCCAAAUCCCUGUAAGAACGGCGCUGCAUGCCAGGUCAAGGAGGCCGAGAUGUUCCACUGCAAGUGCAGCAAGGGAUUCUGGGGUCCAACUUGCGCUGACGUCCAUGACCCAUGCGAGCCCAAUAGGUGCCAUCCAUCCUCCCAGUGCCAGGUGCUGCCCGAGGGAGGUUACAAAUGCGAGUGUCCCAUGGGACGUGAAGGAAGGCACUGCGAAAAAGUGGCUGAGCGGAGAGGGGCUUACAUGCCUCUGUUCAACGGAGACUCUUACCUGGAGCUGAAGGGGCUCCAUCUCUACGGGCACGAUCUGCGUCAAAAGCUCAGCAUGACAGUGGUUCUCAUGGCCAACGACUCCAACGGUUUGAUCUUCUACAACGGCCAAAAAUCUGACGGAAAAGGAGACUUCAUCUCUCUGUCCCUCAAUAAUGGGAUCCUGGAGUUCCGCUAUGACUUGGGCAAGGGACCUGCUACCAUCAGGAGUAAAGAAGCAAUCCAGCUGAAUGUGUGGAACACCAUCAACCUCGAACGCUCCAACCGCAAAGGAGAGAUCAUGGUGAACAAGAAGGACCCUGUCCGUGGAGAGGCACCGAAUCUGCACGUAGAUCUUAACCUGAAAGAGUCUCUUUUCGUUGGUGGAGCCCCUGAUUACAGCCGACUAGCGAGAGUCGCUGCGCUCACGGAUGGUUUCAAGGGAACAAUCCAGAAGAUCAUUCUGAUGGGUACACCCAUCCUCAGAGAGGAGAACGCCCUCCGCUCCAGCAACGUAGCCAUGUUCCAGGAUCACCCCUGUUCUCAGGAGCCUUGCCACAACGGCGGGCGCUGCAGCCCCCAGCUGGACACCUACGAGUGUGUUUGUCUCAGUGGUUUCUCAGGGGCACACUGUCAGAACACCAUCUACGAGAAGUCUGCUGGAGAGGCCGAGGCCAUCGCCUUCGAUGGGCGGACAUUCAUCGAGUACCACAAUGCUGUUACAAGGAGCGAGAAGGCUCUGCUGGUGAACAAAUUUGAGCUGAGCAUCCGGACAGAGGCGACCCAGGGCCUGGUGCUGUGGAGCGGGAAGGGCGUGGAACGCUCAGACUACAUCGCUCUGGCCAUUGUGGACGGACACGUCCAGAUGACGUACGAUUUGGGCUCCAAACCUGUGGUGCUGCGCUCCUCGGUGCGGGUCGACACCAACCGCUGGAUACGCAUUAAGGCCAGCAGAGCACUUAGAGACGGCUCUCUACAGGUUGGCAAUGAGGCAGCAGUGACAGGGUCGUCGCCUUUGGCAGCAACACAGCUGGACACAGACGGAGCACUCUGGUUGGGUGGCCUGGAGGAGCUGGCGGUGGCCCGUCGGUUGCCCAAGGCCUACAGCACCGGCUUUGUCGGCUGCAUCAAAGACGUGGUGGUGGACGGCGUGGAGCUCCACCUGGUGGAGGACGCCUUAAACAGCCCCCAAAUAUUACACUGUUCCGCCGCCAAAUAACCCGGCAGAGACAAAAUAUUGAGAGAAAUGAGAAAAAAAAAAAAGAAAACCCUCCCACCCGCUCCCUCCAUAGCGCUCAUGUCUCCUGCUGUAAUUAUUUUCUAUUUUUGUAUACUUUUCAUUGCUUUUUAUAUGGAAAGAAAAUGAAUAUGUUGUUUUAAUUUUUGUUUUAUAUAUUUUGUUUUUUUUUUCUUUUGUUUUUAAUCUGCACCUCCGUUCACAGAACACACUUCCUUUGUCUUCGCUCCCCUGGCUCUUUAACUUUUUCAAAAAACAGGCACCUCUGUGAAAAAGAGAUAUUUUUUAUUCUUGUCAGUUUUGUUGUUUUAAAACAAACACCAACUGAGAAAAAAGCCUGCCCCUGUUCCUCACUCAUUACUUGAACACUGGUGGACCUUGCUGAUGAUCUCUGGUUACUGCCUUGUCUUGGUGCCAUAUCUGUCAUCCACAUUCCCCAAGCAUGGCCUAUACAUUCAUGACUAUAUAGAUAUACAUUCCCCUCCCCCGUGAGAGCUGGAUGCAGUGUAUACUGUAGCUGGCGUGUGCAGUUCUGUAAUGCUGCAGCCAGCUGGCAUCUGCUGUCAAGACUCUGUAUUCAGCCCCACUGUAUUUAACUAAUGGGACUUUUCAGAUAUCAGUCAAGCUGCUACAAUGAGAAAGUACACAGUCAAAACCACUCGAUCAACCCCCAUCUCACAGCGCCAAAAAAAAAAAGAAAAGAAAGAAAGAAAAAACUCUCCACUCGAUCUGAAUCCCAUCAGAGGCUUUAGUUUUGAAAUAUGACUUACUAACACUGCAAGCCGACAUGGCGGAGAGAGCGCUGCAUUCCACAAUGACUCGCAUAUCAUUAGUCAUAAGUCAAAACAUGAGUCAUAGACAUGAAUAAAUGUUAUAAAUAUAGAGUAUAUAAAUAAUACCUGAGACUGUGAAUAUGUAAGAUGGGUUCUCUUUGGAGAAUUGUGCUUCUCAUGUACUAUUGUGCGUUCUGUUUUACAAUCAACAGAUGAAUUAAUGAUGACCACUAUAAAUGCAUGCACUUCUGCAGUGUUGGUUUGAAUCUGGAUUUUAUUUUUGUUUUUCUUAUUCGCAUUUUGUUCAAAAAAAAAAAAAAUUUAAUUUAAAAAAUGUCAGUUUUUGUUUUGUUUUGCUUUUUUAUUUGCAUCGACUUAAACAGGUUCCUUUCUUCUCUCAUUUCCACUGAUGUAAUUUCAGAAACUACAGAGCUCGUAAUAAUGUUUUAUGCUUGUUCAUUCCCUGUAUCUUUUUGGGUCUUUCUUAUUUUACUUGGGAGCAGUAAGUUUUGCAGGACCUUGGAUGGUGCAUACAGGGAAGAGUUGUUACCAUAUCUGACCUUAAGGAGGUGCUGAGAGCAAAGACUGAAGAAAAGGACAGGCAAAAAGGAAGCAAAGGAAAGCGACAUGGGGAGAGUGACUACUCUUGGGAAUGUCCUGUCAAACAACAGUCAACACAAACAAAAAAAAAAAAAGCUUCAACAAACUCUGCCUGAGACUUCA